AUGACGGACUCCUACGAUGAUAUUCUCAACUCUCUCGAGGAUGACAAUUAUUACUCGAUAGAGGGAAACGACCUCUCUCCUUCUCUCCAGGCCUGGUCAAACUCCACGGACAUUGAAGAGCUUGACCUAGAAAGUCUUAAUCUCUCCUCCAACUACGACUCAUCAUGGGUCGACCCUCUAGAGUCGGCCAUAACAGCCACCCGCAACGGAUCAGCCUCGGUCCUCAGCACCCUAUCUCAAUUCACCACAAUUCUCUCUCAAACAGGUAUACACGGCCCCCGCCUUCUCAAAGCUGCGAAUCUCUCCGCCCGAACCACGAAGAUCGGUUCCGGUGCCCAAUUCACCGUCUUCAAGGACCCAAUAUUUGAAGGCGAAGUCAUCAAGCGCGUCAAUGUUCCACUCUCGAGUAGAGCAGAGCAGCGUUUCGCAGCAAGUACAGAAUACCGUCUUCAGCUCAAGACUCUAGAGCUAGAAAUAUUGUCACUCUGUAACCCCGUCAUUCGUGGGCAUCCGAACAUCACCAGUCUCCUAGCGUGGGGGUUUGAUUUCCCCUUUGCUGAUCUAGCGGUGCCCGUGUUAUUUAUGGAAGCGGCGCUCAUGCCCUUGGGAGACUUCCUGAGUUCCGAGGAGAGGGAGGCAGGGGUGAAGUAUCAGCUUGCGCUAGGCAUAGCAAAUGGGCUUGAGGCGCUGCAUAAUCUCAAGAUCGUGCACGGAGACAUCAAACCGGACAAUGUGCUCGUGUUUACCGGUGGGGGUGACGUUGUACCAUUUCAGGCCAAGCUGAGUGACUUUGGUGUUUGCGUUGAUUUGGAGGCACCCGAGGGGAAUUUCACGCUGAGCGAUUACCGAGGAACACCAGCUUGGUUGGCACCUGAGGUGGUUAAUGGAGAUGUCUCCAGGUUUGGUAGAUUUUCGCCUGAGUUAAUGUUUCGAUUCGAUGCGUACAGCUUUGGAUUGGUGCUAUUGUCAAUUUUUACCGGUGGUGGUGAGCCCCCGGCUCUGGAUGGGAAUCCUGACAAGGUUCCAGGGCAAAUUUCCGAAUUGCUCAACAACCAGAAAGACAUAACAUCGGACGCUCGCAUGCAAUUAAACAAGGCAGUUCUAAGUCUUUUGGCCGAUGAUCCCACAAAACGACCACUUCCAAGUCCAAUUUUACUUAAAACUGGCACGCCAGCAUACGGAUCUUGGCUCGCCUCGGUUCAAUCAACCUCGGCAAGUACCCAUGUUGGAAUAAUUGAUCCAAUAUAUAACAAAGGCCCGUUGUUCUGGUACCGACUCGACGCAAGCAUCCGCACAGAGCUUGAACAGCAGCACACGCUCAGUCAAGGAGGAAAUGCUCCUCCAUUUGGCGGCGAUGUGCUAUUUGGCAUAGCCCAAACAGUUACCGGCCAAAAACCGACAUAUCUUGAUCGCAUGCUGACGUAUCUGACUGACGCGGCGAAGUCUGGAUAUUCACCUGCUAGAGCUGUUUAUGCGCAGGUUAUGGAGGCGCAUGGUCAAACUCCGGAAUUUGCUCAGGAUUUAUUGGAUGAUUGGAUGCUGCAGGCAGUUUCUGAAGGAUACUUCUUUGCAAAACCAGGUAAGCUAGCGAAGGACGUGGAGGAUGCAAAGGGCCGAUUUCGAGAAAAUGGUGGGUUUUGCUCGGAUCCUUUCUUGACCAAGAGUGAUGUCAAGGAAGCAAUCAAAAGUGAUAAGGUAUUGGAGUGGAAGAUGAAGAACGGGGUUGUUGUCGAUCGCAAAGGGAACACCUUGCUGCAUGCUGCCGCUGCUUUUGGAGCGGUUGCUGCGGUACAGGAAUUGCUGGAUGCUACUCAGAUUGAAGUUGACACGGAAAAUGAGAAUGCUGAGACGCCGCUAUACAAAGCAUUCCAGGCUGGGCAUACAGACGUCAUCUGGCUUCUUCUUGAUCACGGUGCAAGUGCGUCUUGCAGAACUCGGCAAAAGAUCGGACCUCUACAUUGGCUUUUUAUGAUACCGGAAGGUUCAAUUCAUCGGAUCACCGAGCGGAUGAUUGAAAGUGGAGCAGAUGUCAAUGCAAUGAUGGAGCCAGUGGUAAAGGAAAACAGCGGUGGGUUCCCAGAGAAGAUCCAAAUUCUUCAUUACCCAUUUGAGCUUCCUCACGGAACGCCUCUGCACUGGGCAUGUUUCUUCCGCAACAUGAGGGCAAUCGACACUCUCAUUUCUCUUGGAAGUAACGUCAACACAGCAUACUAUGGCUCAGAUUCAUCAUCAACUCCUCUUGCUUUGGCAGCAUACUCUGGAGAGCUGGAACUUGCCAAGUCUCUGAUAUCCCACGGCGCGGAUGUCACUUUGCUUGACUCGGUGGGGCGAAACACCCUACAUGCGAUUACUAAAUAUUUCCCUGAAAAACAUGGGUAUCUUCCUCAUGCCUGGCACUACUGGGUCCGCCAUGGAACUUGGGAGAAUCACUUGGCUCAAAUGACGGAAUUGGUCAAAGUUUUGAUAGACGCCGGGGUAGAAAUCAACGCUAAAGACAAAGUUUAUCCCUAUCUAACACCCAUUGCAGCGGCGGCAGAUCUUGGAGUGUGGGAUGGAGGUACGAUUUGUGCGUUGCUGGCGGCUGGGGCUGAUCUGAAGGGAUCAAUCCUAUCAGGGGGAGAUACAGCUCUACAUUCAUGGGUUUCAAUCGUUGGACCCCGUCUGAACUAUCCCCGAUCAUACAUACCUACUCUGAGGAAGAUAGUCGAGGCCAUGCCAAAUCUAGAUAUCCCCAACCGUUUCGAAGAGGAUACUCCACUCCACUUGCUGACCACCACUUAUCACCCGGAAGGCGAAUUUGAGGUCGCAUGUGAGAUUCUUUUCAGUCAUGUUCCUCCGGCCGACAUCAACGCAAAGACCCGUCGUGGAGCUACCCCGUUAUCUAUCGCUCUAGAGACCAACCUGGAUCCCGCACGACGAAGUCGCUUCCUGCUCGAUAGAGGUGCUGAUCCUCUCGUUCUCAAUGAUCGAGGACGAGAUAUCUUCUACUCGAUUUCCAACAACGUCAUCCUUGCCGAUCAAGAAAGCCAUGACUUGAUCCUUUACUUCCUUCUCCGUCUCAAUUCUAACGUUCAAACGGCGUAUAGAAAGCACUACCUCUCCAACCCCGACAGCAGCAUUACCAUUUCAGCUGCCGCGGACCGUGGAAAGCACCGAACCUUGACUCUUCUCCUCUCCUUUGGCCUCGCCAGCUACAUCAAUAGCCCCGACAGGACGAAGUCUCCACCCUGGACACCCUUAGAUCAAGCCCUCCACUCCGCCGAACUCAGUCGACGAGCACACAUGAAAGGACUUGCUUCUUACAAAGCCGGCGCUACUAGGACAAGAGCACUCGAGCAAAAUCUCGUCUAUGAUGAACAUCAAGGUCCGCCAGCACGUGCCGCUGAGGCAUAUCGGUCCUUUCCAGAAGUUAUAAAAAUCCUGCGCGAUGCCGGCGCGAAAAGAACAUGCGAGUUGGAUGGAAAUUUGAAAGGGGACUAUAUUGAGCAACCUGGGGACUGGGAUGAUAAUGAAAUACAGGAUUAUGGAUUUACACUGGAGACGCAGCCAAACUUUGAGGCAUGGAAUGGGUUGUAUGCUUUAGCUAAGUACAGUUCAGGUGGAUGGAACUGGCGAGGUAUGCUGAUGGGCGGUAAGAAGCGUAAAUAG